AUGUGCGUGAAGGACGAUCCCGUCGAAUAUACCUGGAAAUGCGGUCAUACCGCACCUCACCUUCUCGGCUCUGAAAUCUACUGGUGCGCUGAAGCCUUGCAAAGAGGUCGCCUGUGUGCAAUUAUCCAGCCAUCAGACAAGGCGAGAACCCGCGAUUGGGCAGAAACAACUGUGUGCCCAACUUGCCGGCCAAGGAGAGCUUCGGAGGGCUCCGUGUAUGAAUACCAUAAAGAUGAUCAUGAGAAGGAUGAUAAGGGACGCCCACCUAAGCGAAGAUUGGGGUCAGUUGGCCCUAGUGGGAUUAUAACUGGCGUUUAA